UACACACCCUUAGACAGGGAUGACCUUUAUUUACUAUCAGAAUCCAAACCCCAAACUCUAUCUCUCUCUCUCUCUCUCCCACACAAAUACACACAGAAACAGAAACUGGGUACAAGCAGGUGAGCUUAAAUUAGCAAAAGAGGGAGAGAGAGUUAAAGGCAGUAUAUAGGGCGCGCCUUUUCCUUUAUCCCUUCAGUUAAAGUUGACGGGAAUUCUGGUGUUAUUUCCAUGGUUAAAGCAGGUUGGUGUCAUCGGCAGAAUAGUGGGAAAAUAUACUCAAAAAAGGAUAAGGAUUUGUUUGGUUGAGCGAUGAAUAAGAAUAGUCAGCUGGGAUCCGUGAGCAGCUCUGAUCUCAUCGAUGCAAAGCUGGAGGAGCAUCAAUUGUGCGGAUCUAAACAGUGCCCCGGCUGCGGUCACAAGCUCGAAGCCAAGCCGGAUUGGGUGGGCCUACCCGCCGGAGUGAAGUUCGACCCGACUGACCAGGAGCUUAUCGAGCAUCUCGAAGCCCAAGUCGAAGGCAAGGACUCCAAAUCCCACCCCUUGAUCGAUGAGUUCAUCCCCACCAUCGAAGGCGAAGAUGGGAUUUGCUACACUCACCCUGAGAAACUUCCUGGAGUGACAAGAGACGGAUUGAGUAGGCACUUUUUCCACCGGCCGUCGAAGGCGUACACCACCGGCACGAGGAAGCGUCGGAAGAUCCAGAUGGAAUGCGACUUGCAAGGCGGCGAGACGCGGUGGCACAAGACAGGCAAGACGCGCCCGGUCAUGGCUAACGGCAAGCAGAAAGGCUGCAAGAAGAUCUUGGUCUUGUACACUAAUUUCGGCAAAAACCGGAAGCCGGAGAAGACGAAUUGGGUGAUGCAUCAGUAUCAUUUAGGGCAGCACGAGGAGGAGAAGGAAGGAGAGCUCGUCGUCUCCAAGAUUUUCUAUCAGACUCAGCCGCGCCAGUGCAACUGGACGGAGAGAGGAGGCGCCGCCGCCGGAGAUGUCUUGAGAGAGAGUGGGAGUGGGAGCUGCUCCUCUUCUAAAGAAAUGAUCCCUCAAAGAGAUGAUUUCUCAGCCACCGCCGCCGCCGCCGCCGCUUCAGUCCUGACUUAUACCGGCAUUGAUAUUCAUCAGCUCAAAGCCGAUAACUUCGGAUAUCUCCCUUACAGAAAAUCAUUUGAUGAGCAGGCUGGGAGCAUAGGAGGAGAGGCUUCAAUUGCAAGGGAAGGAGCAGGCACGUGCGAAGAGCGUGACAUGGGACAGCAUCACGUGACCCAUGAGCCGCACCAUCACGUGACUACCCAUCACCAGAUUGCCGCCGCUGCCGCCACCGCGUUUCACAUAAGCCGGCCGUCGCACUCCAUCGCCACCAUCAUCUCCCCUCCGCCGCUACACCACACCUCCAUUAUUCUCGAUCAAGAUCACCCCUUUCAUGUCCCCAGAAUCAUGCUCCCCAAUGAAAAUUACCAGCAACAACAACAUCAGCAGCAGCAACAACAUCAUAAAAUUGGGGGAAGGUCUGCAUCUGGAUUGGAGGAACUCAUCAUGGGAUGCACCUCAACUGACAUGAAAGAAGAGUCAUCAAUGGCGAACCAACAAGAAGCAGAAUGGUUGAAGUACUCGACAUUCUGGCCCGAACCGGACAACCCGGAUCAUCAUGGAUAGAAACAAACACCCAUAAAUCAUUACCAUAAUCAUUACUUGGCUGAACUAACUGUUCAACAAAAAACACAUGUUGCAAAAGCAAGAAAAAGAAACAAAAAUAAAGGAACCAAGAAAAAGCCGCCUCUCUUCUGACAAACACAACACAACACAACACAACACAAAGAGAAGAUAGAAAGAGAGAGUGAUAGAAGCAAGGAAAGAAAACCCCCAUAUCCAAAGCGAUAAAUUCUUGCUGCAUCAAAAUCAUCACCAUCAUCAUCAUUACAUUACUAUACCGUCUUUAUAUAUGUUUAUUCCUUGUUAUUAUUAUUUUUUCAUUUUUAAGUUAAAUUUUUUUGGUACUACAAUUUUUGUCAAUUGUGUUACACCAAAGAAUUAUAGAUACUAAAGAACACAAUAUUGCAAAUGGAAACUGUGUUUAUAGUUUUUUUAGUAACUAA